GAACACCCCUCCACUUGAAUGAAUCGCUCCCAUCUUUAGCUUUUUCUUCCCCUGUUUCUCUCUUCUCUUUUUGCGAGUUUUGUAUGUAUUAAUUUUUAAAAGGUGAUUAAGAUUAAUCACGAAAGCUUAAUCAUAUGGUGAAUUUGAAUCCCUUUUCUGCUUUCUUUGGUUCCGGUGACCCACCGGGAAGUCUCCCCGUUUACAGUCCCCUCCCUGAUGAACCUGCCCAAACCGUCGAUUCGCCGGUGAUUCGCCGGCGACCCAUUAAGGAGGCCGUCUUGAUCGCAUCUGGGUUGCUCUUGGUUGGGUUAUUAAUCGCCGUUAUUGGUCAGAAUGGUGUCGUUUUUUAUGCGAAAUUGGAAGGAUCGUCGAGCUCGGAGCCGCCGGAGAUGGUGUGUCCGGCGUCACGUGGGGUGUCGGCCGGCGUGUCGGAAAAGGCCAACCGGCAAUUUGUGGGCCAGAAUAUUUCUCCGUUUCCUUGGAACCAUAGCAUGUUGAUGUGGCAGAGAACGGCAUUCCAUUUCCAGCCAGAGGAGAAUUGGAUGAAUGAUCCUAACGGUCCAUUAUAUCACAAGGGGUGGUACCAUUUCUUCUACCAGUACAAUCCAUAUGAUGCAGUGUGGGGAGACAUUUCUUGGGGCCAUGCAGUGUCGAGAGAUAUGAUUCAUUGGCUUCAUCUUCCUUUGGCCAUUGUUGCAGAUCAAUGGUUUGACAUUAGUGGUGUUUGGACUGGUUCUGCCACCAUUCUACCUGAUGGCCGAAUCAUGAUGCUCUACACUGGCUCCACACAAGAGUCUGUCCAAGUUCAAAACCUGGCAUAUCCAGCCAACUUAUCUGAUCCUUUGCUCGUCGAUUGGAUCAAAUACCCAGGCAAUCCAGUUAUUCUGCCCCCUCCUGGCAUUGAUUUCAGGGACUUCCGUGACCCUACGACCGCGUGGCUCACCUCCGAAGGGAAAUGGCGGUUUGCUAUUGGGUCAAAGAUCAAUCAAACCGGGAUCUCUUUGAUGUAUGAAACAGAGGACUUUGAAAAUUUUCAGUUGUUGGACAAUCUGCUUUGUGCUGUUCCUGGCACUGGAAUGUGGGAAUGUGUGGACUUCUUUCCUGUUUCGAAAACAGAGGAGAUUGGCUUGGAUACUUCGGUUAAUGGACCUGCCGUGAAGCAUGUCGUCAAGACGAGCCUCGACGAUGAUCGACACGAUUACUAUUCGCUUGGAACCUAUGAUGAGAAGACUGGUACUUGGGUUCCUGAUGAUCCCACAAUUGAUGUUGGGAUUGGCUUGAGAUACGACUACGGUAUAUUGUACGCGUCAAAGAGUUUCUACGACCAACAUAAAAGAAGGAGACUUUUGUGGGGUUGGAUCGGAGAGUCUGAUAGCGAAGUUUCUGAUGUGCAAAAGGGAUGGGCAUCAGUACAGAGUAUUCCAAGAACUAUUUUGUUUGAUAAGAAAACGGGCACCAAUUUACUUCAAUGGCCAGUGGAGGAGGUUGAAAAUUUGAGACAGAGAAACGAUACCUUCAAUAAUUUGUUGGUGCAGGCAGGAUCAGUGGUGCCCCUUGAUGUUGGUAAAGCAACUCAGCUAGACAUAUUGGCCGAGUUCGAGUUGGAUGAGGAGGCAGUGGCAAAGGUAGUCGRAAGCGAUAUCGAAUUCAGCUGCCAAACAAGAGGUGGAGCAGCCAAGCGUGGCGCAUUGGGGCCGUUUGGUCUUUUGGUACUUGCAGAUGAGAGCCUCACCGAGCAUACUCCCAUCUACUUCUAUGUUGGAAAAGGCCAAAAUGGUACUCUCAAGACUUGCUUCUGCGCUGAUGAAUCAAGAUCAUCGGUGGCAAACGACGUUUUCAAGCCGAUCUAUGGAAGUUCUGUUCCAGUACUAGAGGAUGAAAAGUUGUCUUUAAGAAUCCUGGUUGAUCAUUCAGUUGUGGAAAGUUUUGCUCAAGGAGGGAGAAGUUGCAUCACAUCAAGAGUUUAUCCGACGAAAGCGAUCUACAAUGACGCUCGACUAUUCGUAUUCAACAAUGCUAAGGAUACCAACGUCACUGCCUCCAUCACAGUAUGGCAGAUGAACUCUGCAUUUAUACGUCCAUACAGCCCCGGCGAAGACUCAAAAAAGUCUCAAUCUUCUGUUGUUUUGGUGCCUUUCUACUUGUUUCUGUUAGUUUCACUGUUGCAUCUGAUUACAUGGGAUGUGCAAGGGUGAGAGGUAGGAGUGGAUGGCGUAGUCGAGCCGAGCCAAGUCGAGCCGAUAAAAGUCUAUAGGGAAACAGUAUAGAGGUACAUGUUUGACAAAUAGUAGAUGUUAAAUAUAUCAUAUUCCUUGAUAUAUUCAAGGCAUGAUUGUUUUAGGAAUAAAAUAAGGACCGGGGUCUUAGAUGUCCGGCAUCUCAAAUACCGAAAUUUUAGAUGUAUUUCCAAGCAUCUUUAGAUAGCCAUAUUUGUUUUGUAAGAAAAUAUAUAAAAAUAUUUGAACAGUUAUGUUUAUUUUAAA